AUGGAUCCGCAAUCUGUGUGGGCGAUGGAUCCGUAUUAUUAUCACCAGCACCCGAUUCUUCAACAACAAUACUACUACGCAUACGCUGUUCCUGCUCAUUACACCAUGAUGCCCAUACCGGUGCAGUAUGUUGACGAUGUAGCCAUGUGGGUCAAUCAAGAACAUCCUAUGCAUUCGUAUUUCCAGAAUCAGAACUACGUACCAUAUCCACCACCAGAGGAGACGUCGUUCUUCAACACAUAUGACUCUUUGACGUUAGACGAGACUUUGUUCAUGCAAGAGAUAGAGGAAGAGAUUUCUGCGCUACAAGGAGUGGUCCCUGCAGGUACGAGUGGUGGUUCGGGUUUAUCAGAGGAAGAGAUUUCCAAGCAUCUACAAGUGUACACUGUACAAGGGAAGACGAGUGAAGUGGAUGCUUGUUGUAUUUGUUUGGGUGAAUAUGAAAACAAGGAGAAGAUGGGGAGACUGGAAUGUGGGCACCGGUUUCAUGCGGAAUGCAUCAGGCGUUGGUUGUUGUCUAAAAAUGUGUGCCCCAUGUGUAGGUCUACUGCUUUGACAGUAUAACUGUUUGAUUUUGAUUAUGAUUGGCGAUGUAAUGGUUUAGGUUUGUGUUACUGUG